AUGGAAGCUGCUCUUGUAUUUGAAAACAAAGAUGCUAGCUGGAACUAUGAUUUAAAGUAUAAAAUGGAUUCUCAAAUGAGAACAAAGCGCCUGCUAUCUGAUUUAGGCACCUCUCCACCUAAACGUUCUCGAUGGUUCACUAUAGAUGUUGCAAAAUCUGAAGACAAAGAUGAAGAAAAAGAAGAAAAACCUAUACUAUUGUUGAAGCCAUUUUCGCCUAUACCACAUGUUUGCUUUGACAAAGUAAAACUUGGAUCAUCCAAAACAUGUGUCUUGUACUUAAAGAAUCCUAUAGUUGCUGAACAAACCAUAAUUAUUGAUAAGUUCCCAUUUGAUUGUGGUUUUUUUGUUGAAGAAAUCAAGAUUCACGUUGAUGCUGGUGAAGAAAAGGCAUUGAACAUCACGUGGACGCCAGAAAAGGCCUGCAAUUGUCGUGAGACUAUAAAAUUCAAGUCAUCAACUGGAUGUAAGACUCAAGCUUAUCUUUUGGGUACUGCUUACUCUCCUAUGAAAAAGAAAACAAAAUGUCUUCAGCCGAAAGUCAUGAAAGAAAGUAAUAAAGCCAAUAGUUGUAAUGCCAGUGUGGUUAAAUCUCAACAAUGUUUCAAAUCUGUUUUGACUGCUAAUAAAGAAAAUGUAGAAGUGUAUUCAGUCUUAUCUCAUCGUAACCCAUAUGCAUCUUCAAAUUUGUAUUAUGAUAAACGUUGGAUGGAAAAGCAAGAAGUCGCAUUUACUAGUUGGUUGAACUACAUUUUGACUCCAGCCGAUAGUUUCAAUUCUUCAGAUGAUGAAGUGGAUUCUGCUAAGAUAUGGAUUGAAAGCAUCAAGGAUACAGCUCCAGUGAGAGCACCAACAAAGGAGGAACUAUCCCUCAAAACUUACACAGCUGUCAAGAAUUUGAAUCAGCUGCGGAAGACAAGCUGUAUGCUUUAUCAGUCUGACGAAAUUGCCGCUGUAGUCAAAACUGUUGAAAAAGAAGUGGACAUGAAAAGGUUAAGUGUGAGAAAGGAUCGUGCUCUCCAUGCUGAUCUUGGAAUAAAAAGAGAUAUUCUGGAUAUGUUGUUGUCUUAUAAUUCUCUUUGGCUUAGAAUUGGUCUGGAAACUAUAUAUGGAGAAAUAAUUGUUUUGAAAAGUAAUUGCGAUGUUGUUGGUCUGUCAAGAUUUAUAAUUAGACGAUUACUGAGUGAUCCAGAAAUUACAGCCAAAUUUUCGCAUACAGCAGUAAUAAACUAUUUUAAACCAGGAUAUGAAGAAGAGAUUAAGCGCUUCACACUUAAAAAAUUUCUGUUACUAGUUUAUUUUCUGGAUAUAGCUAAAAGAAGUCAUCUUAUAAAGAAUGAUCCUUGUCUCUUCACCAAGAAGGCAAAGUAUAAGUGUAGCAGAGAUUUACUUCAUGCAUUUUCACGAGAUUACCUGAGUGGUGAAGGUGAUAUUACAAAGCAUUUAAGAUACUUGGGAUAUAAAGUAAGCCAUGAGCAAACACGGUUAGAAGAAUUUGAUUUUUCUGUUAAGAACAUUGCAGUAGAUUUGCGCUGUGGUUUACGGUUAGGGCGUGUAGUUGAGUUAAUAUUCCAAGACUGGUCUAUUUCGAAGAUGUUGAGAAUAAACACUCAUAGUAGGCUUAAUAAAGUUCAUAACAAUGAUGUUAUCUUGAAAGCUCUUCAAAAGGCAUCUAUUGAAAUACAAAAUGAUAUAAAUCCGAAAGAUCUCGUAGAUGGCCAUCGCGAAAAAACAUUGGAUCUACUUUGGCAGAUUGUGUUUAAAACUCAGAUAUCAAAACUUUUGAAUAAGGAAUUACUGCGACAAGAAAAUGCUUUCUUAUGCAGAAAUCUGAAACUCAAAUCAGAAUAUGCAGCUUUUAAAGCUUUACGAAAUCCAAAUACGGAAUUUGAGUGUUCUCAGCCUGGUUUCCUUGAUUCUAAAUUGUACAAAGAGCAUGAAGUCUUGCAACUGUUGCUACAGUGGUGUCAAAAUGUUUGUGCUUAUUAUGGUCUUAAGGUUCAUAAUUUUACUUCAUCUUUCUCGGAUGGCCGAGCUCUUUGUUUCCUGUUACAUCAUUACCACCCGAAUUUGUUGCCAUAUAAGAACAUCAAGACGGAAACAAGUUAUACUUUUCAUGAACAGCAAAUGAUUGCUGCUGAAGCUGAUGACAACAGUCCUUUUCAUGGCAAUAAAGAAUUUGCAAUAUCAAUGAAAGAACUAUUGAAGAAUGAAGUUCAUAAUCUUGGUCUAGCUUUUCAAAAGUUUCAGGAAAUAGGUCAAAUUCCUAUUCUUUCCUCACCUUCAGAUAUGUCAAAUACCUUGCCAGACGAAAAAGUUAUGAUAACAUUGGUGUCUUAUGUGAAUUUACGCUUGAUGGAAUUGAGCGUCGAAAUACGUGCUGCUAGAAAAAUACUGCAUGCUUGGCGAAGAUGGCAUUUUAGGAAAGAUCAAGACAAACUUAAAAUUGAAAUUUCUGCUGUUGUGGUUAUCCAAAACGCAUGGAGAAAAUUUGUCAUGCUUAAAAAUAUGAAAAGACAUUCUCAAGCUGCUGUUGUUAUUCAGAGUAAUUGGAGGAGGUAUUCUGCCAUGAAGCAGCUUAAAGCUUUGAAACAACAGAGGCAUUUUGAACUCCUGAAUCAGAAAGCUACAAUCAUACAGGCAUGCUUUAAAGGAUACAUCUCAAGAAAAAACUUUUUGAAAUGUCAUUCUUCUGCAAUAGUGAUUCAGUCAUAUGCACGCAUGUGGCUAUUAAAAUCCCAUUUUCAAAAGUUGAAAAAAGUAACCUUAAGAAUUCAGCAAAAGUAUCGAGCAAAAGUUAUUGGUCAUAACCAAAGGUUACAGUAUAUAUUCUUGAAAGAGGUCAUAAUCAAACUUCAAUCUUAUUCUAAAGGCUUCUUGUUGAGAGAAAUGCUUGGAAGGCAAAGACAAGCAGCUAUUAUAAUACAAUCAAAUAUUCGCAUGUACUUGGCUGUGAAAAAGUUUAAAAGCAUAAAAAACGCUUGCCUGUUCAUUCAACAAAAAUUUCGUGCUGCAGUUCUUGCUAAAAAUUUACGAAAACAAUACCUAAGGCAGAAAGCUGCUGCUAUUCAAUUGCAAAAAUGGUAUAGAUCUGUAAAGUUGACAAAAAUUCGCAUUAAAUCUGCUGUUAGGAUUCAAUCUCUAUAUAGAGGAUAUAAAAGUCGUCAAGCAUGGCAUAAAAUGCUCAAAAGAUACAUCUCCUGCAAGAAGUACAGAAAGAAAAAAGAAGCUUGCAUUAUAAUACAGCAAAGACUCAGGGCAAACAUAAAAAUGCGCAUCACUCGACAAAAUUAUCUUAGAAUGAAAAAAGGUUUUGUCCUCUUGCAAGCACUAGUGAGGGGAACUAUUGCAAGAAAACACCAAUUGUUGCUCAAUGAAAAAGCAACUUUAAUUCAGUCCUGUGUUAGAUCAUGGCUUGCUCAGAAAAAAUAUAGGACAUUGAAAAGGACUUGCCUUUGGUUGCAGCAAAAAUAUCGAGCAAAGCGUGAAAUGAGAAAAAUGCGUGAACAGUUUUUGAACUUGAGAAAUGCAGCCAUAACUGUUCAGACUCAUUAUCGUUGUUAUAAGAAAAUGUGUUCUGACAGAAAUAAAUACUUAGCGAUGAAAUCUGGUUUUCUUUCGCUCCAAGCUCUUUAUCGUGGCAGAAAAGUAAGAAGGCACCAUGCAUUGCUAAACAAGAAAGCGGUAAUUAUUCAAACUUGUUUCAGAAGAUACAUCUCCUGCAAGAAGUACAGAAAGAAAAAAGAAGCCUGCAUUAUAAUACAGCAAAGACUCAGGGCAAACAUAAAAAUGCGCAUCACUCGACAAAAUUAUCUUAGAAUGAAAAAAGGUUUUAUCCUCUUGCAAGCACUAGUGAGGGGAACUAUUGCAAGAAAACACCAAUUGUUGCUCAAUGAAAAAGCAACUUUAAUUCAGUCCUGUGUUAGAUCAUGGCUUGCUCAGAAAAAAUAUAGGACAUUGAAAAGGACUUGCCUUUGGUUGCAGCAAAAAUAUCGAGCAAAACGUGAAAUGAGAAAAAUGCGUGAACAGUUUUUGAACUUGAGAAAUGCAGCCAUAACUGUUCAGACUCAUUAUCGUUGUUAUAAGAAAAUGUGUUCCGACAGAAAUAAAUACUUAGCGAUGAAAUCUGGUUUUCUUUCGCUCCAAGCUCUUUAUCGUGGCAGAAAAGUAAGAAGGCACCAUGCAUUGCUAAACAAGAAAGCGGUAAUUAUUCAAACUUGUUUCAGAAGAUACAUCUCCUGCAAGAAGUACAGAAAGAAAAAAGAAGCCUGCAUUAUAAUACAGCAAAGACUCAGGGCAAACAUAAAAAUGCGCAUCACUCGACAAAAUUAUCUUAGAAUGAAAAAAGGUUUUGUCCUCUUGCAAGCACUAGUGAGGGGAACUAUUGCAAGAAAACACCAAUUGUUGCUCAAUGAAAAAGCAACUUUAAUUCAGUCCUGUGUUAGAUCAUGGCUUGCUCAGAAAAAAUAUAGGACAUUGAGAAGGACUUGCCUUUGGUUGCAGCAAAAGUAUCGAGCAAAACGUGAAAUGCGAAAAAUGCUUGAACAGUUUUUGAACUUGAGAAAAGCAGCCAUAACUGUUCAGACUCAUUAUCGUUGUUAUAAGAAAAUGUGUUCCGACAGCAAAAAAUACUUAGCGAUGAAAUCUGGUUUUCUUUCGUUCCAAGCUCUUUAUCGUGGCAGAAAAGUUAGAAGACACCGUGCGUUGUUGAACAAGAAAGCAGUAAUUAUUCAAACUUGUUUCAGAAGAUACAUCUCCUGUAAGAAGUACAGAAAGAAAAAAGAAGCCUGCAUUAUAAUACAGCAAAGACUCAGGGCAAACAUAAAAAUGCGCAUCACUCGACAAAAUUAUCUUAGAAUGAAAAAAGGCUUUGUCCUCUUGCAAGCACUAGUGAGGGGAACUAUUGCAAGAAAACACCUGUCGUUGCUCAAUGAAAAAGCAAUUUUAAUUCAGUCUCGUGUUAGAUCAUGGCUUGCUCAGAAAAAAUAUAGGACAUUGAAAAGGACUUGCCUUUGGUUGCAGCAAAAAUAUCGAGCAAAACGUGAAAUGAGAAAAAUGCGUGAACAGUUUUUGAACUUGAGAAAUGCAGCCAUAACUGUUCAGACUCAUUAUCGUUGUUAUAAGAAAAUGUGUUCCGACAGAAAUAAAUACUUAGCGAUGAAAUCUGGUUUUCUUUCGCUCCAAGCUCUUUAUCGUGGCAGAAAAGUAAGAAGGCACCAUGCAUUGCUAAACAAGAAAGCAGUAAUUAUUCAAACUUGUUUCAGAAGAUAUAUCACUUGUAUGAAGUAUAGAAAGAAAAAAGAAGCCUGCAUUAUAAUACAGCAAAGACUCAGGGCAAACAUAAAAAUGCGCAUCACUCGACAAAAUUAUCUUAGAAUAAAAAAAGGUUUUGUCCUCUUGCAACAAAAGUAUCGAGCAAAACGUGAAAUGCGAAAAAUGCUUGAACAGUUUUUGAACUUGAGAAAAGCAGCCAUAACUGUUCAGACUCAUUAUCGUUGUUAUAAGAAAAUGUGUUCCGACAGAAAUAAAUACUUAGCGAUGAAAUCUGGUUUUCUUUCGUUCCAAGCUCUUUAUCGUGGCAGAAAAUAUCGAGCAAAGCGUGAAAUGCGAAAAAUGCAUGAGAAAUUUUUGAGGUUGAAAAAAGCGGCCAUAACUAUUCAGGCUGCUGUUCGAUGUCAUUUAGCUCGCAAAGAAUAUGUGGCAAUCAGAGAUGCCUCAAUUAAAGUUCAGUCUGUUCUUCGAAUGUAUAUUGCAAAGAAAAAUUACAAACAGCAACAAAAAUCUGCUAUUUUUAUUCAAAGCUUUUAUCGCAUGCAUUUGGCUAGAACAAAGUUCAUUGCUCUCAAACAUUCAUGCAUUAUUAUUCAGUCUUUGUGUAGAAGACAUAUUGCUCAGAAAAGAUUUUUUGAAGUUAGAAAUUCAGCUAUUGUUAUCCAAAAGUAUUUCUUUGCAACAAAAAAAGCGAAAGAACAAAGGUAUCAUUAUUUGCACAAGAAACACUCGGCAAUUAUCAUUCAAGCUUACUUUCGUGCCUAUCAUUCAAGAUCAAAAUUCUUAAAAAUGAAACAUUCUGUGAUAAAAAUUGAGCAGUAUUAUAUUGCAUAUAAGAAAAUGGUUGAAAAAAAGCAAAAUUACCUAAAAAUGGUAAAGGGUUUCACUCAAUUACAAGCAUUAGUGCGUGGUAUAAAAGCUAGAAAAUAUAUUUCAACACUUCAUCAAAAUGCCAUCGUUAUUCAGUCUCAUUAUAGAGGAUGGCUCGCUCGUAAGUACUAUCAGCGACUCAAAGCAGCCAUUGUCAUUCAAAGAAACUUCAGACUGUGGAAGGAGAAGAGGUUUUCCUAUGUUUCUACUAGAAUGGAUUUAUGGAAAGCCCAUCAGUUACAUAAUUGGUAUUUGCAACUGAAGAGAAAUGUUGUUAAGUUCCAACAAUGUGCUCGAUUGUAUUUGCAGAAACGAACCAUGGCUGCUACCGUUAUACAGUCUUAUGUUAGAAUGUGGUUUGUGCAGAGGGAGUUCAAAAAGCAUCAGGCUGCAAAGAAAAUACAAGCUGCAUGGCGUGGAUUUAGACUGCGAAAUAGUAUCACAAAUCAAGAAAUAAUAGAAGCUCGAAGGAAAAUUAAAGCUGCUGAUUCCUCUGACUCUAACAAAUUAAAAAACCGUAUGAUCGAGUCAUUGCGUCUCCUCUUUGAUCAAAAACUAAACUACAUGAUAGUUGCUCUUGGACAUCUUGAUGUGUGCACCCAGUUAUCCUCAGACUGCUGUGAAAGUUUGGUGUCGUCUGGAGGUCUUGAUGUGUUAUUAGGACUACUGCAAUGUUGUAACAGAAGUGUUCCCCACAUGGAAAUCAUCAAGUUGGCAACAAACGUUCUCCUUAAUGUGGCAAAGUAUAACAAGACAGUGAACCACUUGUGGAGAGCAAUGCCCUGCUUGGAAGUUUAUCUUCAUCUCAUGAAAGCCUUCAGGGAAACAGCCUCUGAGAUAUUCACCAAGUGUUGCACCCUCGUGUGGAUUUUCUGUCAAGAUCCAGAAAAGGCUAAGGUAAUAAAGCAGAAUACAGCAGCUACAGAGCAACUUAUCAGUUUGCAUUUUCUGGUGUCAAGAAAGCAAAUGAUUAAUGAAAAAAGGCUGCUGCAGAAAGCUGCUUCAUCUGCUCGUAAUAGCACAUUUAUGUCAUCCCGUUUAUGCAUAAACAAGUCCAGAAGCAUUGCCCCUAGGGAGAGUGUCGAAAUCGAACCAGACUGGAUGCUGGGCAAACAGCGACGGAGAGAAUUCACUGAUCCACUGGUGGCGAUCUCGUCCGUUUUAAUUUCCCUUGGCCUAGAAGCCAAGAAAGUCAUGCCAAAAAAAACAUAA